ACAGUUCAAUUUUGAAAUGGAAGGAGACAUGGCAAUACCGACAGAUGAGGCGUUCUGGGACAAAAUCUUCAGUGAUUCCAAGCAGUGGGGAUUGGCCACAUAUAUACAGGACAACAUGACGGAAAUAUUCCGUACUUUCCCACGGAUGCAGACGGACCUUAACUUUGCGCGAGAUUGGUUGGUUAAAAUGGCGGCGUCUGCUUUGAAACACAACAUCACCAUCCAGUACAGUGGAGCCACCCCAACGAUGGCGCUCUUGGCACUCCAGUUACCGGCUGUCACCCAGGUGCGCGUCCUGGGAGGCUAUGGCACAGAGUUGGACCAGAGGAAUAUUCUUGCUUCGUCCGUAUUCUCCUCACUUUUAGAUGUGUUGGUCUUCAAAGGUGUGGUCCGUACACAAAACCAGAAGGGAGCCCAGAGCAGCGUGAUAGCUGUCCUGUCGCGGGGUCCUGUGGGGAUUGGUGACCAGAUCGGACAUACCAAUACUUCCAUCAUCAAUCGGAUAUGUAGCUCUGAUGGAACUAUCCUCAAACCAAACAGCCCUGCACUCGAAAUAAAUGCUCAGGUUGUGCAGAUGACGUUUCAAGAUGGCAGCGGCCCAGACGGCGACAUUUGGGCGACACUCAACGGCCUGUAUAGGGGUGGACCAAACCCGGAACAGGUGUACGGGAUUAUCUAUGUUUCCGGCUUGAACAGGACGUUUGACAUCACCCCGACGGCAGCCGACAUUGGGUUUGAAUACCCAGUGAGCAAGAUCUUCUCUGCAGCUGAUCCAACAAAGCAGUACGACUUCAGCGACAGCAAACCCUUCACCAUCCCGCCAUGCCAACUGGAAUUCUGCAUGUACUAUACGUCACCAGUUAUAAAAUACAAAAAUAGAGAAGUUCUCGUCCUGGGUGAACUGGAAAAGUGGGUACCAAUGUCUCGCAACAGGAUCGUCAAUGUCACCGUCGGCGACGUCAUCACUGUCUACGUCAAGGGUCAGGCGGGAGAGAGUGUUGAGAUGUGGUUUGCCGAUGAUGUACGGUUCGGUGCUUUGAAAACUAUUAUAGGGGCAGACGGCCUGGGUAGUAUCAUAUAUGAAAUAAAAUCUCAUCCUGUUAACAACUCUGACCUCAGAAGAGCUUCAACAAUUGCUUUUGUCAUGGGUAUCCUAGCAACAAUGAUGCUCAUGAUGUAA